AUGCUGCUGCUGCUGGUGGUGCUCAUCCCCGUGCUGGUGAGCUCGGCCGGCCUGGAGGGCGCGCACUACGAGAUGCUCGGCGCCUGCCGCAUGGUCUGCCAGCCCUACGCCGCCCCCCCCAGCGCCAGCGCCGCCCCCGCGCCCCCCUCCACCCUCCUGCACGGGCCCCAGGGCAAGCCCGGACGCCCCGGCAAGCCCGGACCCCCCGGCGAGCCCGGACCCCCAGGCCCCGCAGGACCCCCCGGCGAGAAGGGGCCCCCCGGCCAAGCGGGACCCCCCGGCCCGCCCGGGCCCGCCCUCGCCAGCGGCGCCAUCAGCGCGGCCACCUACAGCACCGUGCCCCGCGUGGCCUUCUACGCCGGCCUCAAGAACCCGCACGAGGGCUACGAGGUGCUCAAGUUCGACGACGUCGUCACCAACCUGGGCAACAACUACGAGGCCGCCACCGGCAAGUUCACCUGCAACGUCCCCGGCACCUACUUCUUCACCUACCACGUCCUCAUGCGCGGCGGCGACGGCACCUCCAUGUGGGCAGACCUCUGCAAGAACGGGCAGGUAGGACGCAGCAGCCCCGCACGGGAGGCACACGGAACCGGCCGCUCUCACCCGCGCCCUGCGCAAUCGCCCGCAACCGGGGCCAGCUUGCAAGCGCGACAGAACUUUUGGCCGGUCUGGGGAAAGUAA